CUGCGCAGUGCUUCCUGUCGCUGAGGGCCGAGGUGACCCUGAGGCGGACCCACUGAAAGGCUAACGAGCGGGCCGAGCGCUGAGGUGAGCGGGGCAGCGAUGCUGAACAAGUUGCUGGGGCCGCGCUACAAGGAGCUGGUGAAGUACUGGCUUCCCACAGCAGGCACAUGGGGUGCUGUUGGUGCUGUGGGGCUAGUUUGGGCCACUGACUGGCGUCUGAUUCUGGAUUGGGUGCCAUACAUCAAUGGUAAAUUUAAGAAGGACAAUUAAGCUAACUUUUCAAUCUUAUGGUCUAGGAACGGAGGACUUUUUGGGGACUGCUCUUCUUGGGGAUCCUGAUCGAACACAAAUGUGAAAUGCUCAGGAAGGACUCCAAGGACCUCUCAGUGACAACCUUUGAUGUAUCACUUGUAUAGGGAUAAUUAAACCUCCCUCUGAAACAUGCUGGCUGCUUAGGUAUUGAGCACAGGAAUAACUAUGACAACAAAUUGAAUUAUGCCGGACAUAUGGAAUUAAAAAAAAAAACCCUCCAAGGUCAAGCUUGAAA